GUACUCUCUAACACCUUACAUUAAACACCUUAAAAAUGGUGUGUCAAUGUGUCAUGUGUGAGUAAUGAGUGCCCACUGCCCAGGCCAGUGUUGACAACUUGACAUCCGAGCGAACAAAAGGUACCGUGGCUAAUUUCUCGCUACAAAAUCAGUUUCAAAAUAGGGGGCGCACGUUAGCCUGACUGGCAAGCGCAAUUUAGCACGGCCGCCAUCCCCAGUGGCGGAGGAAAAAAACCAGCUCAAUCCAAAGAAGACACACAAGAUAGAAACAAACAAACCGGGUUCGAUCACUUCGAUGUCCGUUUCUUUUCAUCGAUCUAUAAUCGGAGCCAAAAUAUCUAGUUUUGAAAAAUAUUAAAGGCGCCGCAGAGAUAAAAGAAGAAGCGUGCAAUGGUGGAAUGAGGAUAAAACAGAAAAGAGGAAGAUGGCGAGAAGCAACAGUUCCUACAAGAAAAUCACACUCUUGCUAUGCUUCUUCAACAUCGCACUUCUACUCUACGCUCUUCGCACUCUCUACGCUUCUUUAUACAUCUACUCCGGUAACGUUUCACGCAAUAGUGUAUUGUAUAACCCAGAUCAGAUUAGGAAAAUGGAGGAAUCUAUCCGAAUACGAAAGGAGUUUAAACCGGAGGAGUUAAUUAAAUUGGUGAAGGAUUUAGAAGGUGAGUUUUCAACCGAAACUGCGGCGGUUGAAUUGCCUCCGCCUUUGAAACAGAGUAUAAUUGAUGAGAUACUGCAGAGACUAACCAACUUGAACUCCACUCGCACAGAUAUUGCUAAGGAACGAGAAGCAGUUGAAAAUUGGCGAAUGGAAAAACUGAGAGAGGCUAAGUUGGCUCUUGUGAGUAGGACUUCCAACUCAGCCAUUCCCCAUGAAGAGGCUGGUAUGCUAGCAAGAGCAUUGGAGUCUGAUUGGGCUGCAAUUUGUGAAGAGAUUGGCCUUUGGAUACCUGUUCAAGUUGUUAAUACAGAACAUGAAGACAAACCUGAGGGUGCAGAGGGGUUUGAGGAGGAGGUUCUUCCUGGCAGGUCCCUUCCACCUGAGUGCCAUGCUGAACUUCACACAGAUUAUGAUGGUGAUGCAGUAAGAUGGGGUCUCACCCACCACAAGGCUAGUGCAGCUGAUUGCUGUCAAGCUUGCUUGGAUCAUGCGAAACAUGCCAAAGAAGGUCAAAAGAAAUGCAAUAUUUGGGUUUAUUGCCCAUCUGAGUUUGGGUGUCAUUCACCAGAUAGAUAUCAACACAAACAUCAGGAAUGCUGGCUUAAAUAUGCUGAGAAACCUCGAUUGAAUUUUAAGGAUAAAUAUCCUGAAUGGUAUCGGAACUCACACCAAUCAGCACCAGUGGUUGUUCCAUGGGUCUCUGGAAUUGUUAGUGUAUGAAGCACAUGACCAACACCAUAGUUGAUCUUCAACCAGAUGCUGCCUUGUAUACUAUAAGACCACAAAGCUAGUUCAGGCAAAGCCUGUGCUGCACCGCUGGAUUCUUCUACUUUUCCCGAACAUGUGCUUUUUUUAUAACGAAAUGAACUGGGUUGCAAACCAUUUUUCCAUGGUCAUUUAGGACUUGGUUUUGGUCAAAAGGAAGACAUCUCAGUGCCAAGGAUUUUUUCACCAUGGUCGGUUUAAGUUUACAGUUAGGGAAUGUGACUUUAACCGACAAGGAGAUCAUUUGUUGUAAGUUAUUUGAUAGCAUUAACACUGAGGAAAUGUGACUUUUACAGAAAAGGGAGUUGUUUGUUGUAAGCUAUCUCUGAUAAGUAACAUAAUUGAUUGUUCUCCAUGGGAUUUGGAAUCCUAUUAAUAGCAGCAUAAUGCUUGUUCAUGUUGAGCAUGUUGAUGAGGAUCUCCACCCUAA